GCGCUCCGACGGCAGCGGCUGCGGCGGCGAGAGGCCGGAGCGGAGAAGCCCCGGGGCGGCGGCGGCCUGCCCAGCCUGGCUCAGCCGGGCCCCUAGUCCCUCCGCUGCGUCCGCCUGGCCGGCCGGCCGGCCGCCGCCAUGUCCUCCUCGUCCUCGUCUCCAGGCGAGCCCUACGAGGAGCGAGAGUACGAGAGCCAGGCCAAGCGCCUCAAGACGGAGGAGGGCGAGAUCGACUACUCCGCUGAGGAAGGCGAGAGCCGCCGGGAGCCCGCGCCCCGGGGCGGGGGCGAGGGAGGCGGCCGGAGCUACUCUCAGCCGGAGGCAGGUGGAAGUCAUCAUAAAGUUUCUGUUUCUCCUGUUGUUCAUGUUCGAGGGCUGUGUGAAUCAGUUGUGGAAGCAGACCUUGUGGAGGCUCUUGAAAAAUUUGGAACAAUAUGCUAUGUGAUGAUGAUGCCAUUUAAACGUCAGGCUCUUGUGGAAUUUGAAAACAUAGAGAGUGCCAAAGAGUGUGUUACCUUUGCUGCUGAUGAACCAGUUUACAUAGCUGGCCAACAAGCCUUUUUCAACUACUCUACAAGUAAGAGGAUUACUCGGCCGGGAAAUACUGAUGAUCCGUCAGGGGGCAACAAAGUUCUUCUUUUAUCCAUUCAGAACCCCCUCUACCCAAUAACAGUGGAUGUUUUAUAUACAGUGUGCAAUCCUGUCGGAAAAGUGCAACGGAUUGUCAUAUUCAAGAGAAAUGGAAUACAAGCAAUGGUUGAGUUUGAAUCAGUUCUUUGUGCCCAGAAAGCUAAAGCAGCACUCAAUGGAGCAGAUAUAUAUGCCGGAUGUUGUACACUAAAAAUUGAAUAUGCAAGGCCUACUCGUCUAAAUGUUAUUAGGAACGACAAUGACAGUUGGGACUACACUAAACCAUACUUGGGAAGGCGAGAUAGAGGAAAGGGUCGUCAGAGGCAAGCCAUUUUGGGAGAACAUCCUUCGUCCUUUAGGCAUGAUGGAUAUGGUUCACAUGGGCCAUUAUUGCCUUUACCAAGCCGUUAUCGAAUGGGUUCCCGAGAUACACCUGAACUUGUUGCAUAUCCCUUACCACAAGCUUCUUCCUCCUAUAUGCAUGGGGGAAAUCCUUCUGGUUCAGUUGUUAUGGUUAGUGGGUUACAUCAACUGAAGAUGAAUUGUUCAAGGGUCUUCAAUUUAUUCUGCUUGUAUGGAAAUAUCGAGAAGGUAAAAUUUAUGAAAACCAUUCCUGGUACAGCAUUGGUAGAAAUGGGUGAUGAGUAUGCUGUAGAGCGAGCUGUCACACAUCUCAAUAAUGUCAAGUUAUUUGGGAAAAGACUUAAUGUUUGUGUGUCUAAACAACAUUCAGUUGUUCCUAGUCAAAUAUUUGAACUGGAGGAUGGUACAAGCAGUUACAAGGAUUUUGCCAUGAGCAAAAAUAACCGUUUUACAAGUGCUGGUCAAGCAUCCAAGAACAUAAUACAGCCGCCCUCCUGUGUGCUGCAUUAUUACAAUGUUCCAUUGUGUGUUACAGAAGACACUUUUUCAAAGUUAUGUAGUGAUCAUGAAGUUCUCACAUUUAUCAAAUACAAAGUAUUUGAUGCAAAACCUUCUGCCAAAACACUCUCUGGCUUAUUAGAAUGGGAAUGCAAGACGGAUGCAGUAGAAGCCCUUACUGCCCUUAAUCACUACCAAAUAAGAGUUCCGAAUGGUUCUAAUCCCUACACCUUGAAGCUUUGCUUCUCUACUUCAUCUCAUUUAUAAGAAGAGAAGAGGAUAGCAUGUUAGGAGCUACAUUCAUCUUUCUUUACAAUUUUCAAACUACACUUCAUUUUCAAAAUCUAAAGUGGUUGAUCUAAUGUUGCCUUGCUCUCUUUUAAGACCUUGUAUCUUGUUUUAUAAUAAACCAGAUUUCUUUUGGCCUCAAGUGAAUUUGUUGUAAGCUUAAAUACUGUUUUCAUUUUAAAAUAGUAUAACUACAUAAUAUGUAGAAUAUCUGCUUCUGCAUUGUAGAUUAUGCAGUUAUAUUGUUUCUAAUAUUAUAAUUUGUUUUCCACAGUUGGAAAUGUAUUUGCAGUCUUAAUUCCAAUGACUUGCAGAUAUCUUUCCAUUGUGAAUGAAAUAAAUUGGCAGGUGAGAGUCUUGCUUCUUAAUAUGAUAGAAUCCAAUGUUAUCUGUUUAGUUAUUAGGCAUGUCACAGUUAUCCACAUGAAAUAUAACUUGUAUUUAUAAAAUGUGCUCAUCAGGCACUACAGAUAUACUUGAUUUUAUAUUUCCAAGAGGCUAACAGACAUAUGAAUACCCUUGUACAGUAUUCACUUAAACUUAUUUAAAUUGGUGUAUUUUUUUUAAGCCAUUGUCCAUUUGUAUUGACAUGCUACUAUCUGUUGCUAGUUCCAGUUUGGGGAUUUUAUAAUUAAAGUUUUAACAUUGAGUUAGUGUGUUCAUCUUCAUUUGUUGCAUGUGACUUAAUCUUGCAUAUACUUUCAAUGCUUGUUAAGAAUUUAAUAUAGAAAAAAACUGAUGACUAUUUGGAAGGAAUCCUAUAAGGCAUUUAUUUUAUAUGCCCUUUGCACUUUGAGUCUAUGCUGCUGUGAAUUUCAGAUUGUGUGAGGUGUGCCUCUUCCCCAUGCCCUCGCAUCCCCACAGGCGAAAACAUUAUGUUCUCAGAACUUGAAAAUGUAAAAGUCCUGUGGUGGAUUUAUUUCAUUCAGUUAUUUUUAUUUCACAGAAGUAAAACGAAUCAUGAUUGUCCAAUAAUUAGACUGUUUCCAACAGGUGGACGGUCUUCUUCGAAUCAGUUAACAUGGUGGAUACAACUUGGUUGAACAAAGUAUGUGGGUUUACUGGUCUUUGGAUAAGAUGUGUGCCUUCCACAUGUCUGCAAGUUUUAUCCAACAACUAAAAAGGAAGGGUUAUUGUCAUUUUAAGUUUGUUUGAAAGUAAGCCUAAACAGUUCUUUGUUUGUUUAGAAAGAGAAUACUGACUGUCAUAGCUGUGCAUAAGUCUUUAAUGGGAAUUCAUUUUUUUUAAAGUAUCUGAUAUACAGUUAAUUAAAAUGUGGUCCAAAGAUUUAAGACCAGGUAUUAGGAGGCUAGCCUACUAUUCUCAGGUUCAUAGUGCUUGUAUCUGAGAGAAUUAGACAUAUGUUGUUCAUCUUUUUAAAGGGGAGAGAAUGUGUUAUAUGUGUGGGGAAAAUACAUGUCUUUAGUUGGCAGGAACUCUUUUGUGAUGGCAUUUUCUCUUAGAUUCAUAUAGGCAAACGCAAACUCCAUUUACAUCUCAUGUAAAAUUAUUUGUUAUGGUUGCUUUAAUUUUUUAAAAAAUGUCCUUACUAAUGAGAUUUCAAAACACUGGACCCAAGGUCCUUUCAGUCCUUUAAGGACACUGAAAAUCUCAAAUUCAUACUUAGUACCUCUCCUAAAAACGGGGAAAAACAUGCUUAGCCAAGUGUAACUUUGGCUAGAUCAAUAACUGGAGGGUACUGAGCUGCCUAAAACAUAGCCAUUCAGAAUGGGAUCAAUAUCGCAAAUUUCCCUCCAUUUAUUUAAUUUAAAAUAAAGUGUAACCCCACUAGAAUAAAGUGUUUUUGUUUUUCUUCUCUAUUAACUUCUGUUUUUACAUAGUUAUUCUUAAAAUAAAAUUAGUCUGGAUUUUCUAAAGUGAACUGAUGGCUUUAUCUUAACAUUUUCUCUAUUCAUUUUUCCUUGGUAUUCUUGCUUUCAAUAUCAACACAAAUGCAGUUUACCAAUAGUAUUGUUCUGUUGUGCCUAUGGCUUUAGAAAAUAAGGCUGAUGGAAAUGGGGAGAGUUUAUUUAAUACAUAGGCUUGCUUUAAGUGGUGCCUAUGUUGAGAUAUAUUAAUAAAGAAAGGCUUUUUACUGACUGAAGAGGCAAAUGAGACCCUGACAAGUAAACCUAAUUUUUCUGUGAAUUCAGUGACUGAUAGUGAACUGAAUACAGGUGUUAGUACUAGACCAGCCACUGUAGCAAAUGCCUUUGAAAGGUUUCACUGGAGGGUGAUUACAAUUUCUUGAGUCAGCCCUGGGAAGAAUUGCUUCUUUCCCCUAGAUUUGACUCUUAACAUAUUUCAGUCUGUUAGUUUGGUGUUUCUGAUAUUGAAUAAAAGCCUGCAGCAAUUGCUGCUGCUGAGAAUGAAGGGGGAAAUAGCUUCAAAUCAGCAUUUUAAAAAGUCCUCCAAAAUACAAAUAAAUUCCUUAACUGCUUAUUACUUACUGUGGCAGAUGAAAUGAUGAUGGCUGCCUUUCUAAAUCCCUUUGUUGUGGUUGAAUAUAUCAGCCAGUUAUUAAUGUUUACAAAAGCAGCAUCAUUAGACUUAGGAUCAUUGAUAUGCUGCUUUAACUGUGACUAAAUUAUCUCAAGGACAAGGAUAGAAAUAAAGAAAUGGGGUCAACUGUGUCUACAGUUAUCUUUACAUUGAGGUCUGCAGGGAUAAAGGUUGCUAGGUAACCACUCCACUUAACUGUUCUUGAGUAGCUUUCUAAUGAAAGAGCCCUUGGAGUAAAAGGGGAGUGGAUUUAGAACAUCCUUCCGUGAUUAGGAGCACAGAGAACACGGGGAGCUCCACCUGACUUUAAAUUCUACAGGUCAUAAAGUUUUCACUAACAAAGUAGCUGCCAUGACACCUCCCAAUGGUUACUGAUUGACUUAAAGAGGUUUUCAAUCCAUGGAGGGACAUCUCCAUAAUAUAUAGACUAAAAAUCCCUUCUAGUCACUGUACCCCCAACUUGUCCGUAUUAUGAAACCUGUUUUACUGUGAUGUUCAACUCAAUAAAUCAAAAAA